GGGAAGCACCCAGCAGUAUGUGCGCGCCCACGGGAGGGGCCGAUAGAAAAUGGCGAGUCUGUGCAAAAGGCAGCAAUGCACGAUAGAGAGGCGCGGCUUUCGGCAGGAACUUGACUCUUGGAGGCACAAACUCAUUCACUGUGUAGGCUUUGAAAGCAUCUUGGAAGGCUUGUUUGGGCCGGGACUAGUCAAAGAUAUCACCCUUUUCCAAGACUGCGAGCCCGAGGAAGUGUCUGACUGGUCCUUCGACGAAAACUGUCUCUUCUGCUGCUUAAGACGUGAGAAAGUCAAGGACCACGUCGCAGAGAACGGUGGAGGCAGCCAGGUGCUGUCGGAUUGUGAAGACGUCAAACAGGAGCAGUCUCGGUUCAGCCGGCUGGAGAGACAGGCCCAAGACUUCCUCAAUGCUGUGUUCCACAGAAAAGAACUCCCAAGUUUCUCAGACCCUCACAUUCCUCUAGUGGCUCGUGAGAUCAUGCAGCGAAUGAUCCGCCAGUUCGCUGCCGAAUAUACCUCAAAAACUACUCAGGACGACCUGCCCCUGCCCAACGGCACCAUGAAGGACCAAAGCCUGCCGAGAGUGGCGUCUCUGGCCCCGGCCCCUUGCUCCCCGCCCGGGCCCCUGCCCGCGCCAAACUCCCCUCCAUCGUCUGCCUCCUCCUCCCCAUCCCCAACCCCGGGGCCUGGCCUCAGCCCCACCUCCGCUAACGCCGCCACUGCCGCUGCUGCCGCCUCAGCACCCACCUGCACCCAGAGCAGCAACGGUACGGGAGCCAGUAACGGCGGAGGGGGAGGGGGUACGGCUGCUGCCUCUGCACAGAAUCCCGUCCUCAGCAAGCUUCUCAUGGCCGACCAGGACGGCCCGCUGGACCUCACCGUGAAGAAGAACCAGGUGGACACAGAGCCCAGCCAGCAGGACGGCGUCCUGGACCUCUCCACCAAGAAGACCCACAGCGCAGACAGCCUCAAAACCUUCCCCGGCUUCUCCCCUGCGUCUGGGGUCAAAGGACAUUCACUGAAAGUGGAGCAUACCCUGCCAGAGGUGGAUGAGGAGGAUGGCCUGCUGCAAAGAAGCUUGCAGGACGGACUAAGGGAGAACUAUGUCAGCUCCAACUCCUUCAAGCCCCCAUUGGCCCGCUCGCUGCGUAUCAAGGAGGAGCUCCUCAGCCAGAAGCACCGCCUCCUGAGCCAACCUGCUGCUCUUUCAUUGGCUAAUCUAGAGUCAGCCGGCUUGCUCAAUCACGGGCAGUCCCACUCCUUGCUUGGCCAGAAGGGCUCUUCCUCUUUCUGGGGAAGCAAGGCCCACCUGGAGAGCCUGAUGAAGCUAAAACAGGCCAGUGGAGCUCUGAGCGGGGCCCUCAGUGACCUCAAAGACCUGCCUGCAUUCCUGGAGAAUCACCACCACAACCACCACGGAGCCUUCUCCAUCAAGAGUUCCCUCCACCAUCACCACAAUCAGGUCUCCAAGGCCCAACACCACCACAAUGAGGGCAAGAGAGACCAGGGCCACUCACCUCCUGUCGACCUGAAGAUCCCGCAAGUUAGGGGCAUGGAUCUCUCCUGGGACUCACAUGCCUCUGAGCUGUACAGCUUUGGCACCAUGGGGGUCGGGGGUGGUGGCCACGGGGACAACACCUUGAGCCGGAAGCUGAGAGCCAUCCUGCCUAAGCAGAACCGCCGGGGAGGAAGUCUUGGAAGCCUGCUGGAUGGGGCAUCUGACUACUGGAGCUCUGAAUUGGAGCACUCCAUUUCUGGGCCAGCGUACUCCACCUCCGACGUGGAAGGGGACCCGAACUCCAAGCAGCCGAGGAAGAAGCGCGGCCGUUAUCGCCAGUACAACAGCGAGAUCCUGGAGGAGGCCAUAGCAGUAGUGAUGAGCGGGAAGAUGAGCGUGUCCAAGGCUCAGAACAUGUACGGCAUCCCGCACAGCACCCUGGAGUACAAGGUCAAAGAGCGCAUGGGAACCCUGAAGAACCCCCCAAAGAAGAAGCUCAAGCUGAUGAUGAAGAUGGAAGCAGGAGGCCAGGAUUUUCCCACCGAGUCGGAGAACACGCCCACCUCAACCCCGCGAGACGACGGCCCGCCACUGGCAGCUGCAGAGCUCAAGGACAAUGUAAAAGAAGAGAUUGAUGACAAUUUCAAACCAAUCGACUAAACGACUUACACAUGUAAACCUCAGUCAAAUGACUUAAGUAAUUUGAAAACGGAUGGGGCUUUAUUUGUGCCAAUUUACUUUGCAGUAUCUGGGUGAGCACAAACGCAGGGAUAAAUAUGAGAAGGAUUCUUAAACUGGAGAGAAACAACUAAUCGGACGGUUUUUAACAAGCGUCUCUUGAGUGACGCCGUACAAGCAUUUGUUUAGCUUUUAUAUCCAGGGGCUUAACAAAUGCAGAUAAAGACAUUAGUUAAAUGACAAUUGAUGAAAUUUCCUUAAGCAUGCUGAUAAUCCCUUGCCCAAAAACCCAAUCGCCCCUUUUUCUGAACUUGAUACACUGAACCACUUCUGCUUAUAAAUGCAGUUCGGGCUUUGGACCAUUCCAAUUUGGGGAGAAAAUGAGGGGAAGGUUGAAAAUUAACUCCUUAAAAAAAAAAAACUCACAAAUUAAUCCCUUUAUCGCUCCCCUCUCUCAUGGAUUACUAGCUGAAAAAAUUGGUAAGUGAACUGUCUAUUACAUUUGAACUGUAAGGUUUAAUCAUUACCAUCGAUAUCCAUCACCAGGGUUCCAAAUCAAAACCCCAUUUUCUUAUUGCCAGGUAGCCAUGACGCUUUAACUACAAACCUUUUCUUUCCUCCUUAAGAUAUUCUGCUACUCUCUGUGCGGAUGAAAGCAACAUUAACCCGUCCUUUUUGAACGAGAAAAAGACACACAAAAGUCAUUCAGGGAUGCAUGUUUGUGAGUUUCGUGGACACUACUGACUUCUAUAAUUGACUUCUUUUCUUCUAUCUUUUCGUUUGAUUUAUUUUUUGCUUUCUUUUGCACUACACUUUGGGUCUAGCGCUUACAGACCAGGUUACCUCGGCAUUGUUGCCCUUGCAUCAUGCACUUAUUAUGGUCUGUCUCUGAAGCCCAUUCGCAACCUCUCAGUGGGUCAGGGGGUGCACGUCGCCUGCAUAUGCUGAUCCAUAAUCAGAUCUGGGAGGCUCUUUAACCCUCUUUUUUGCCAAUGGACAAGUUGAGGGGUAAUCUGAUGAUGGAUCAGCUGUUUUUAAGGUGGAAUGCUACCUCAUGGACCUCCGUCAGUGUCUCACUGCUGAUCCUGGAAUGCCAGAAACGCCUUCAGGUUGCCCUCCAAACGGCAACUGAAGUGAGCUCAUCCCCUCAUGGAGAUCUUUUGCCUGAUGAAGGCCUUUUAGGAUCAGAAUGUGAAACUCUGCUGCUAUCCAUUAUGAUUAUCUAGCUCCUAUACAAGGCUUUAGCUAGCCUAAGCUAAUGAGUUUUAGCUAGUCUUCACUAACAACAAUACAUUUCUGAUGUUUUUCUCUUUUUUUUCUUUUUUUUUUCCUUUUCUAAUCAAACUAAGCAGAAGCAGCUUAGCUGAUGAGUUUCAAAAGAAAUUCUUCUCCCUCAGACGUCAAAGACAGUUUUAGAGGCAGUUUACUACAACAAUGUGCAUUUAUAGAGGGGUGUUCAUUCAGGGUGGUGGGUGGGCAAUAUGCAGUGGGGAGGGGUAGUAGAUAGAGGUGAGGGAAAGGCAGAUUUUAAUAUAUUAUAAGUUAUUAUGACUGAUUAUGUAAAAGCCAAUCCGUGAUUCUGGGUUAUGUCCUUUUCUCCUCAUUUUAAACUCAGGGUAGCUGAGACAGAUGAUGUGGGUUUCAAAUAUGGCGAUUUCCUCUUGGACCUAUAGUAGACAGACAGGAGGACAACACACAUCUCUCACUAAUGUUUUGCUAAUGGAUGGGCCAUGUGAGUAAAAAUACAGCAGCGCCGUGGCAAAUAGACCCGCUAAUCAAUCAUGGAAAAACAACAGAAAACACUGACGUUGGGGUUUCGGGGGGGAACGAACUUGUGGCGCUGAACUUCUAAAAUAGCACUUUUUCAAAAAUAAAAGAGAAAAAAAGCAAGAGAGAGAGAGAAAUCUGUUUGAGGUUAUGCAUGUGAUGUAGAUCUUCUCUGAGGGAUAUGGAGCAGGAAACAAUGAGGAGGGCAGAGAGAUGGAAGAAAAAAGCUUUAGUGUGUAAAGACUUUCAGAAAGCUGCAGCUUGGACCCAAACUACUCUUUUUUUUUUUUUUUCCUCUCAAUUACCUCCACAGAUUAAAAAAAAGAAAAAGUCAACAGCUUGAACAAGUUCAGUUUUUGUGUAGUGUCGUCUUGUCGGUUUCCCUCCCCUCGUCGCUGAAGCACCAGGGGUAGAAAAACUUAUCAUCACGGUUUUUGUUUUUUUUGCCAGACGGGGAAUGAAAAUCCCUCAGAGGACACAGGUGAAAAGAGAAGAAGAAGAAAAAAAAAAAAGAGUUUUCUAUCAGGAAAAGAUUGAAGGAGAUGACAAAAGCUUUUGGUUGUCAUGUUUUUCUGCUCUGUGGUAAAUGUUGCUCUUCGCUCCUGACACUGCCUGGUGCUCACCCAGUCUGUGAGAUUUUUAACAUGAGAAUUGUACCUCUCUGUUCAGAUUGAAAUGAUGAUGAUUCACUCCUUUUGAAAUGUAUUGUAUAUUUUAUUUAUUUGAUUUUUUUUUUUCUUUGUUUAUUUUCCUUUAAAAAAAAAAAUGGCAUGCACCACGUUAAUGGCUGAUUUUUGAUUUUGUCAGGCCAAUUGAAGAAUUGAAGUUGAGAGGAUUUCAACUCGAUAUAUAAAUCCUGAGCCAGAGACGCUCGAAUCGUUGAGAAUUAGACUCAUUGACUACCUGUUGUAUACAAUCUUUAUUUCCCCCCUUGUUGUAGCUCCAUUGGCUUGAUUGGCAGGUAUGCAUGGCCAAUGGGAAAAGCUUUAGAAAACAACCCCUGGAACAACAAUACUGCCGGGGGUCGUCAUGCAUUAAAUGCGACUAACACUUUGACAAUGCUGAGCAUUUGAAGUGUCUAAAGGGUUUUUGUGUGCGUUGAGUCGGACCCAGCGAAGGACAAUGCACUGAUCUGAUAGUUAAAACAGGAUCAAAGCCCCAGUGUUGAUACUAAAGCACUUCUCAUGAACACGCCUCUUAUAAAAAGGCAUGAUAGCUGCUCCACUUAGCCAGCUGUGAAUAUCAGUUUGACAUAAACGUGACUUUCUCGCAGACAGAACAAACCAACCAUGGCAAUCGGCCUGUUUGCCUGUGUCAUGUAAUGCAUGUAAAGCAUGGAUUUCCCUGUGUAGAAAUAUAAUGCAAUUGGAACUUAAUGCACAGGUUUGCAUGGAUAAACUCCAACAGCACUUAGGCUGGAUUCCCCUGAUGGGCAAUUCCUUGAGGGCCAAAUGAUCUCUGUGUAUAAUUCACACCAAUCCUUAAAUCAUUUACAAACAUUUUCUCUGUCCUUCCAUAAAGUCUGGACCCUGACUGCACAUUUGGCUAUAAAUUUCUCACUGCUUUCUAAAAAUAUGAGUGAUUUUAAAAUUAUUCUAAAAAGUCCCAUUUUCAGCCUGAUCUUAUCUACUGAGGUGCAUGCCAUUUAAGGUUUAUUUAUUUCAUUCCAUUUGUUUCUUUCUUGGGUUCUACUGAUUGUUUAUAGUCAUGUGGUUAACAGCUCCCCCUGUCCAAAAAGUCCUCCUUCUUACAACUGAGUCUCACUGCAGUUUUUAAAGAAACCUCAUACUAUAUUAUAUAAUUAAGAGAGCAGUAUAUAUCUAUUUAUAUAUAUAUAUUAACAGAUACUCAAAUGGUAAAUGUAGUAAUGAACUGAGAUGAUUAUCUUAAACUUACAAAAUCACACCACCACAACAGUGAUCUGCAAAAAAAAAAAAACCAAGAUGGCACUGUCAGUUCAUUUUCAACAGACUGUUGUUUUUAUCCUUUUUACGUUUAUUUUCACUUUGCGCUGCUUGCGCUGGAGACGCAGUUGUUUCCUGACGCGGGCGUGCGACAGUAGCCUUCAGUACUGUAAAUGUCUCAGGAUCGAGCCAAUGGGAAGGGCAGCAAUAUUUGUCAGUCGGAAAAAUGGCGCAGACUUAACUACCUGAACUAGAUGUAAU